AGGCCAGGGAUCGAACCUGCAUCCUCAUGGAUACUAGUUAGAUUCGUUUCCUCUGCGCCACAACGGGAACUCCCAAAUACAGAUUUUAUAUUUAUAAAAUUCACUUUCCAUAGUAAGAAGGCCUGGGAGUUUAUAGUACUGCAUCUAAAUAUGUAAUAUUCAGAGUUGUAGUGAUUAGCAUUAUCGAUUGAUUCCUUUUUAAAGGGAGUCGCGUGUUUUACGUAUUUCUAAUUUCACAAUUUUAUUUCUGAGAAAAAGUUAUUGUUCCCACAGUAUAUUGUCUAAACAAUAAGACAUCCACAGGGUGGAUUCUUAUGGCAAUGUUUGAAGUAACAGGGGAAAAAAACUAACAUGACUCUAGCACUAGCGUUUCCAGUCAAAUCCAGUCCGUGGCCUCUAAGCUAAGAAUUGUUUUACCAGGUGUGCAGGGUCUAGCUUAUCAAAUCCUGCACAUUCCAAAGAUAAGCCUGCCCCUUGACCAGCUCCCUAGGAGAUAACCUUUUAAGUUCUUAGAAUAUCCCGCCUCCUGGGUGUGCCUCUGUUUACUUGGAGCCUUGAGCCACAUCAGAUAGUUUAUGAUAACAGUGAUUUUGGGGUGGGGGGACCUUGCACCUCACAGGAGCAGCUUGAUCUCUGGAGGAGCCGGAAGCUGAAUAAGGCCAGCCAAGUGGGUGCUCCAUGCCUGCCAGACCUGCACUGCAAUGGAAGCCCUGGACACGGAGUCUCAGGUAAGUGUCCCUUGUUGACGGGAUGCUCUGCGUGUUGUCCCACAUCUCUUCCGGAAGAAUUAAAUUCGGUCCCUGCAGCUUCUCUGGAGAGGAAACGUGGAGGCUUGUGCAGGUCUCCUGGACUCUUCCUGGUGCCUUUUACAUUUGCUGAUUUUAAAUUUUAUCUUUUUGCUGUAAACUGUAACUGUCAGCCCGACAGCUUUUCUGAGUUCCAUGGGUCAUUGAACUAGAGAGUAAUCUGGGGGCCUCUGACAUGAUAUAUUUAAAGGACUGUGUUUUUAGAAAGAAUAUGCAGGAGUUCCCAUUGUGGCUUAGUGGGUGAAAGACCUGACAUUGUCUCUGUGGGGGUGUGGGUUUGAUCCCUGGCCUCACUCAGUGGGUUAAGGAUCUGGUGUUGCUGCAAGCUGCAGUUAGGCAUAUGCAGCCAGUAAAAUACGUUUUUAAAUAAAUAAAUAGAAUAUGCAGUAGAGACCAUAUGUGUCCUGAGAAGCUUAAAACAUUGCUGUUUGGCCCUUUACAGAAAACUGUUUCCAACUCAUGCAGAAAUGUAACAAAUAAAUACCUAUGUUAUUUUCACACAUUGAAGACAUAACAAUUAAAAUGGAUGAAUAGCUAUGUAAAUAAAUCUCAAACUGUUUUAAAUUAAAAAAUGUAGCAGAAGAAUAAAGCAGUAGGAUACUAUUUAUGUAACUUAAACUAUUGUUAUGAUUAAAUGUGUACGUAAAAUGUAAAAAGCACCAAGAAGGAUGUCCAGGAACCUCAGGAUUGUCCUGAGCUCCAGGGGAAAAAACGGAAUGGAAGGUAAGAAAUUUGUCAGAUUUCAUCCUUAAAAAGAGAGAUUCAGGGGAAAUAACUGAAUCUCAUGAAACAAAUGAAAAGAGUUUAUUUUACUGACUCUUUUGUUUCUUUCCCCAAUCAGCUUAGCUUGGAACUGUAGAAUGAUUGUGAUAAAGAUCUCGGCGGCCUCCCAUUCUUCAGGUUCUCCGUCAAGGCACAGGUCUUGGUCGGUGAAUUGCCCAAAGUCAUGAUAAACUCUUGUUUUGUUGUUUUUGCUUUUUAGGGCCACACUCGCAGUGUAUGGAGGCUCCCAGGCUAGGGGCUGAAUGGGAACUACAGCUGUCGGCCUAUGUCACAGCUCACUGCCACGCUGGAUCCUUAAUCCACUGAGCGAGGCCAGGGAUCAAACCCACAUCCUCAUGGUUCCUAGUCGGAUUCAUUUCUGCUGCGCCACGACGAGAACUCCGAAUUCUUGUUUGUUUAAAGAGAGCAUUCUGUAGGAAGUAUGUUAGUGCUGGCAGGGUCAGUAAUUUUGAACUAUGGGAACCUCUUAAAGGAGUAAGGGCUAUGCUAAUACAUUCCAGAGCUAUAUCAAGUUCUCUUUUAAUUCUGUCCAUCUGUAAAUUGAAGACUAUUGAGAAAUAGGUAUGGAAGAAAGAGAAACAUACAUUCUGAGAAUUCAUGCAGCUAGCUCUUUUACAGAUAGUAAAGCAUGGAUAGGGAGUUCCCUGGUGGCCUAGCGGUUAAGAACUCGGCAUUGUCACUGCUGUGGCUCUGGUUCAGUCCCUGGCCCAGGAACUUCUGCAGCCCUGGGCACAGCCAAAAACAAAGAAAAGCAUGCACGGCCUCAGGGAUUAAUAUCCUUUAUGCUGGGGGUGAGCUGCUUAAUGCACUCUAGGUUUACAGUGGAGGCAAUAUACCUAAUUUGUAUUUUCUUAAAAUUUCUUUUGCUCUUUGAAGCAGUCGUAGAGAUCAUGCCAAGUUUAGUGUCUGCUGAUAUGUAGACAAUUUAAAAGGUAUUAAAAGUUAAGGAGAUCUAGCUGUGGCUCAGCAGGUUAAGAACCCAACUAGUCUCUAUGAGGAUAUGGAUUCAAUCCCUGGCCUCGCUCAGUGGGUUAACAGGAUCUGGUGUUGCCGCAAGCUGUGACGUAGUCAGAGAUGUGUCUUGGAGCCAGUGUUGCCAUGGCUGUGCUGUAGGCUGGCAGCUGCAGCACUGAUUCAACCCCUAGCCCUGGGAACUUCCAUAUGCUGUAGGUGCGGCUAUAAAAAGAAAAAAAAAAAAAAAGAAUUUAAAAAAGUUAAGUACUAGUAAGAUCUUAAGUAAUCAUCAAAUAAGAAAAUGGGUUUUUAAAUGUUGUGUAUACUGUAAAUUAGGGUAAAGUGGUACUACCACGAGCCACACUGAAUUCAGAUUUCUAGUAUAUAAGUUUAAUACCUUACCUACUAACAUUCAGGGAGUUACUGGGAGAAUCAAAUGAGAUAAUAAACAUUUAAAAAAAGAAGAAAUGCUUUAUAAAUGUGGAAAUACUGUGUAAAUGAGUCUUAUAAAAGGUAGUACCAUCACCCUGACUGUGAGGACACUCGCGUGGGCUAAUUAUAAUUGUGAAGGAGAAAAAAUGCCUUCUUGGUUUCCUGAGACCAGAGGUGAAUUGAUUCAGCUACAAAUAAGAAAAGUGAUUAAUACUCCUCUAGCUUUUUCUUUGCAUCCCAUAUCAGGUUGCAUGAGAGAUGAGAAAAGAGACAUAGCUCCUGCCCCUUUUACCAAUUCAGCAUUUACUGAGCACCUACUCUGUGUUAGGAGGAGAGGAGCUAAGAACUUAAUAUAUUAAUUGUUCUCAUACUUGCCUAACAAGGUAUUAUCCUUGUUUCAAAUGGAAAAAAUAUAUAUGCUUCAAAAACAACCUACAGGAGGUUCCCUUGUGGCCCAGCAGGUUAAGCAUCAGGCAUUGCCCCAGCUGUGGCUCUGGUUACAGCUGUGAUGUGGGUUUGAUCCCUGGCCCAGGGAACUUCCACAUGCCAUGGGUGUGGCCAAAAAAAAAAAAAAGAACAAGAAGGAAAAACAACCUACCAUACAAGAAAGCUAGGAUCCAAAUGCUAAAUAAUCCAGUGAAGCGAACCUAUGGUAGAGGAGAUGAGUGAAAGAAGACACUAGGGUGGGUGGAAGCGGUUAGGGAGGCCUCUGAGGACUUCGAGGGGGCCCUGGAGGGUAGCUGGAAUUGGGUAGGUGAAGAAGAAUUGAAUAUUGUCAACAAGGGGAUGUGGUAACUAUGGUUACCGUUUACUGGGUUCCCUACCUGGUUAAGUCUAACAGUGGGCAUCCUGGAGCUGAGAACACAGUCACUUGGUCCCAGGACAAGAGAUGGGGGGAGUGAAUGGGGGCGUUACUCCCUCAAAUGGCAACGAGAAGUGAUAGAAGAUUCUUCUCAUUUCCAGAACCAAGAACAAGGCCCAGCCCAUAAUCAGGAUAGAGCCUUCGCUGUUAACACUCAUAGUUUUGUAAACACACCACAUGAGGGAACCAUUUAAACAUUUCAUGGAUGGCGGCUGGCUUGUUUGUUUCCUUAAGUCUGUCCUUUUAUUUUUUCAUUUAAUUAAGUUUUUUCCCUUGUGAUGAGAACUUUUAGGAUCUGCAGUCUUAGCCACUCUCAACUAUACCGUAUGUAUUACAGCUAUAGUCUCCAUGCUGUACCUUAUACCUACUUAUAAGGAGGAGAUUGUACUUUAAAAAAAGCCUUUAUAAAGUAGCUGUUGAGGUGGGGUGGGCAGGGUGGGGGGGUUGAAACAGGGCGGUAGAAUUUAGUGGACCUGAGUACUGUACCUUAUGCCUUAGCACGAUUCACUGAUGACAUACAUUUAUUAUCUGCACUUAUAAAUUACAUGGAUGUAUUUGCCUCUCAGUCCCAUUGGUCCUAUCUUUGUGGGUAUAAAAUAGCUGAUGUGAGGGUACUUUGAAAAAAGCAUGAAGAUUGACGUAAAGGCUGUUUCACGUUCCAGCGGCGCUGACAUCACUCCUGCCGCAGAGAUGAUCGUAGGGCGUUUAUCAAAACACAUGCUCUAAGCGAUCUUAAAGGCUUUCCCCCAUAACUUUAAAUGGCUUCUAAAAUAGGUUUCUGUGUAGUUUUCAUUUCUUUUGGCAAUGAUUUUUAAAGAGAACUAAAGCAUGUUCUGGCAGCCCAGCUUUCCAAGUAGACGUGGUAACCGGAGCCUCAUUUUGGACGUAAGGCACCAUGAGUGUUGUAACUGCUCAGUGCUCAUGUUUUCAAUAACAAGGUUAAUGAAAAUAUAGAUGGAAAAUUCCCCACCCUGCACGUUCUCCGCUGGUUUCCAGAGUCAGAACGGCACGUGAGCUACCAAACGAAUAGGUCCGUGCACCUUCCUGGCAUCUGGCACUGCUUUUACCUGUCCAGCCGUGCUCUGUAACAUUUUAACCCACAUUCCACCAGCCGAAUUUUUUUUUUCUUUCUUUUUUUUUUGGUGGGGGGGAGGGGGCGAUUGUUUGUUUAAUUUUUUUUUUUUCCACCAACCUGUUUUGUUAGAUUUCACUUCCUGUGGUUUGUAUCGUUAAAACAGCCCACAGGUUCUUCAUGAUCUAAAUUUUCAUUGAAACUCACUUCUGUGAGUCUUCAGGGAAUGAGGCAGAAACAGCACAGUCUCUGGCUCUUGCCCCUCUGAACAUGGACUGGAAAAGGAUCAGACUCUUUGACUUAGCACAGACACUUCCUCCUCUAAACCAGUGGUUUUCAGAUAUUUCUUUUUCCUUUUUUUUGUCUUUUUUUUUUUUUUUUUUUUUUUUUUUUUGUCUUUUUGGGGCCACACCCAUGACAUAUGGAGGUUCCCAGGCUAGGGGUCAAAUCAGAGCUACAGCUGCUGGCCUACACCACAGCCACAGCAACACCAGAUCCGAGCUGUGUCUGUGACCUAUACACCACAGCUCACAGCAACGCUGGAUCCUCAACCCACUGAGUGAGGUCAGGGAUUGAACCCGCAACCACAUGGUUCCUAUUCGGAUUUGUUUCUGCUGCGCCACGACAGGAACUCCCAGAUUCUUGGAAGAAAUCUUUCACCAGCGCCCAAACAUGAGGCACCUGCCUGUGAGGCCACCUGCUAGGCUGCUUCCCUAGUCUCUGUUCCCAGCAUGGGACAGGCACGACCAGGCUGCCACGAAUGUAAGCCCACCUUCCCUGCCUGCCUCGGCUUUGACCGCUGGCCUCAAGGAACUUUCCAAUCCAGCCAUUCUUCACCCUGUUUCAUUCUCCAAGAAGUCCUUCUGUUUUGCAGUCCUCUGCCUUUGCCUAAGCUGCUCUUGUAUUGGGAAUGCUCCCGGACCCUCCUGAAUCUUUAUUUUGAUGUCUUUGAUAUGACCUUUUCCUAGAAGUCUUUCCUGAUGUCCUUGUCUGGCCACCCGGGCUCUCCAUUCUGUCCCUCUACACUGUAAUGGCUAUUUACUCCCACAUUGCAGGUGUGUUCUUUCUGAGGACAGAAACCCAUUCUCAUCUGAUAUUCUGCCUCCUGUGUUAGGUGUGUGGUUGGUAAGAACAUCAGUAGUGUUUACUGGAUGGAUGGACAGACGGACAGAUAGAAGGAAUUUACCAACAGCGAAGCGAGUGAAAUGUCCCAGUGCCUUGAACCAAGAAGCGGAGUAGAAGGAACUGCUGGUGAAGGGAAUUCUCUUCCUAGGGCCGGCUGCUUUGGAAUUUGCCUGUAGGUUAAGUGUGGACCUGACCCCACUUCCCAGAAUUCAGUCAUCACUGAGUUAGCCCUGGGGAGCGGUCCAGCAUGAGUCAUAUGCCUUCUUCCCAUAUCUGGUGCCGUGUAUUUAUAGCUAAUGCUGGUGGUUUGUCACUUGCUAAACAGCAGAAGAAGAAUGACUGCAUGAAGGCCAAGCAGAAGACUAAUGGAAACGGUUUUAAUAAUUAAUUUUUAAAAGGCUUAUGAAUGGCGAGUCAGCUGGGAAGCUAUAGAAACAUUUAAGCUGAAAUUUCAGCUAAAAGAUGCUGCUCUUUGGAUUCUUCUGGGGUUAAGUGGGGGUAAUUUAAAGCUGGCAGGAAGAAGGCCCAUGAUACAUCGUUUUGCUUGCCUUCCCCCCCCCCCUUUUAAACAGCAAACCAUAUCCUUGAGUGCUGCAAGAUGAUGGGAGCCAAUGAAAUGUGGAAUGGCAUGGAUGGGAAGUUACAUUACUUAAUAGGUAUUAUUUUAUGGUAUAAUACAGUUUUCAAAAUCACUCAGAUAAUAUUUAACCUUCCUUUUCCUUUUAGCCUAAUUGGCACAUGUCUUCCUCCAGAUAAUUUUCACAGAGCAGAAAGUUCUAUGGAGGUUUUCUACUUAAGUUUUCCCCUUCCAUGAGUAUUUCAAUUGAUGGGUCUCAAGGAGCUCUCGGUAAAAUGUUAACAAAAGUUAAUUUGUAAAUGCGGCCACUCCCCUCUGUGAAAGAGAGAAUGGAACUCGCAUUUAUUGAGCAUCUAGAACGUUCAAAACAUGGUUAGGCAGUUUUUCAUGAGGUGUCUCAAGAAGUCUUCUCCACUGCAUUGAAAAGCUAUCGCCAUUUCAUUGAUAGUCUUGGCGAGGUUAGGCAGUUGUCCAACUUACACAGCAUGUGGCCCCAAUAGGGGAUGGAUCAAGUUUCAUCUAGCUUAAAUCUCCAUUUUUGCCCCAUGUCUUACUGUGUUCCAGUGACCCUGUAGUCAGAAACCUUGUUAUCUAAAUAUGGAAGCAAAAGAAGUGCUCUAAGAUGUUCCUCUCUCUAGCUCUUUCCUUCUUUUGGAGAAAACGAGCAAACCUGCCCCCCUGGCUCCCCCCAUCACUAAUCUGUUCAGUGCCCAGACCGAUGUUGUAUAAAAAGAUGAUAAUUUACAUUUGGAUAGUAAUUCAGGAAUUUACAAAGAGUCUGCAACCUCUCAUUUCAUCCUCAUUUUACAGCAGAAGAAAAACUAAAAUCCAAAUAGAUUUGUGACUUAAAGUCUCAUUGUUAAUUAGUAGCAGGGGACUUAACUAAAUCCAGAAUCCCUGAUUCCAAAUACUCUUUCCAUUGCAUCCUCAAGUGAGAACAUGUGUGACUUUUCUCUAAGGAUGAAGAGGAUUUCACUCUCCAGAGCUCCAUUUGUUUCUUCUCUUAUCUUAAGGAGAGCCUAUCCUGCCAAGACAUGGAAUUUAUUACCCUCGGAAUAAGCUUCACUCACAAGCCUCUCCAUACCCUACUGUAAUUAUCUGGAUGUGCAGAUACUAUUCUCCGUCAAAAAAACGUCAAAACAUUCCACAAAUGGGCGUAGUGGAACACAUGCAAAUGGUUAAACCAUCAUUAUUUAUUCCCAGUGAUAUGAGGGUGGUCCUCGGCAGAGCAGAGAGAGGAGGCUCAGGCGAGAAUUCCACCCACUAAAAGAGAGCUGCUCCCCCCUGCGACUUCUUAUGUAACUGCUACUGAAGUCCACGGCUAAGCAAGCCCAAGUCUUUUCCACAAGAUGUCAGAACAGGAGUGAGGACCCUAGUGGUUGUCGAGUCUCCCCUUCACAUUGUACUUUAAGAAAAUGAGGAGGAAGAGUUCUCUUGUGUCGCAGUGGGUCAAGGAGUGGGGCGGGGGGAAGGCGUGGACACUGCAGUGGUUCAGGUCACUGCUGUGGUUUGGGUUCAAUCCCUGGCCCAGGAACAGCUUCCACAUGCCAUAGGUGCAGCAAAAAAAGAAAGAGAAAUAGACUUCUCAAUAGAAAUAAGAGAAGCAAAAGACAGUGAUGAAAUGGGCUAAAAGGCGUUCAUUGCCAGUGCAGAGUUCAACACACCAAAAAUACCCUUCAAGAAUGAAGAAAUACAUUUUCAGAUGAUAAAAUCAGUUUAUCACCAAUAAACCUGCCCAAAGGAAAUUCCAAAGAUAAAUCCAAGUUGAUUGAAGUUUAAUGAUGCAAGAAUAAUUGAAGAGCAAAGAAAGUGACAUCUUGUGUAGUUAAAAAUAUUUACAAGAGAACUGAAACACACGACAACACUAACAUAUAAAUCAUAUAAACUUCAACUGUUUACCCAAGUCCUCACAUCAUCUGAGAGGAGACUAAAUGUAUUAACUCACAUUGGACUCUGAUAGGUCGGCAAUGCAUGGUUUGCUGUAAGUGACCACUAAAGGGUAAAAAUAUAUUACUUUCAACUGACAGUCCAAAAUGGGAUGACGGAGAAAGACAAAAAUCUAGAGGGGGGGUGGGACGUAGGACAUUCUAUUAACAUCAAAUGUAAAUGGAGUAAAUGCUCCGAUUCAAAGACAAGAAUUGUAGGGAGUUCUCAGGUGGCCCAGCAGGUUAAGGAUCUGGCAUUGUCACUGCAGUGGCUCAGGUCACUGUUGUGGCACAGGUUCGAUCCCUGGCCCGGGAACUUCUGCAUGCUUCACGCAUGGCCAAAAAAAGACAAGAAUUGUCAAACUAAAAUUUUAGAAGUCCAACCAUAUGCUCUUUAUGAGAGAGACAUCUAAAACAUAUGGAUACCAGUAGAUUGAAAUAAUGGAAUUAAGUUACACCGUGGUAGGUAUUAUUACAUAAAACUUAAGGCAGAAUGCAUUACUAAGAGUAAAGGUCAUUGUAUAAUAAAAAUUCCCAAUCACCAGAAGUAUCUACUAAUUCUAGAUUCUACUUACGACUUCAAAACACAUGAAGCAAAAAUUGGUCAUCUACAAGGAGAAAUAUAUAAAUGUACAAUCACGGCGAGAGAUUUUAACACAUUAAAAUCCCGAGGGCAAUCCUUACCUCGUGCAGGAUGAGAACCAAGCAGUAGAAAAAUAAUCACCAUGUCACCCUCAAGUGGUGAUUCUACAUGGCUCUUCAGACAGUCCCCAGAAAAGUAAAGCCCAUUUCCUCUCAGCAGAGAUCAGCUCAGUAGAACAUUGAAUUGGAUUGUCUUCCUUCCUUGUCUUGCUCUCCCCAGACCCCGUUCUUUUUCCCUUGGACUCAUCCCAGAGUAAAUUCUUGCAUGCAAAGUACUUCUCUCAACCCUGCUACUUUGUGGACCCAGGCUAAGACACUUGGUGAUACAAGCAGUUCUACAAACAAACCGUCCAAAUGGAUUCUAGUAUUGGACCAACUGGAUCCAGUAAGGAUCCCAGUCAUGUUGGUAAAUGGGGUGACAUUAACCCUUGGCACGCAGCAGCAUCACAGUUGCUGAGGUUUUCACCAGCAGUGAAUUGGAAUGGUGAAUUCGGAAGAUGAGGCAUUGCUUUAUGUAGUGGCAAUUCAUAAAAAAAUACGUGGUCAAUGUUAAUUAUAGGGAAUGUAGAGCUGGCUGACUCUGGUUGCUGGUCUUUAGAAGUCUUGUGAGAGGAGAGGAAAAUGGCAGCUUGAUUGGCCAACUGUCAACCUCAAGGAAUGCUGUGCAACUGGGAAAGUUUCCAGGACAACAGAGAAAUGUCCCUCUCCCCCCAACAGCCCUAGGAAGAUAGUUGCCAUUCAUCCUAGGCUUUAAUUGUGAGUACAGCUCGGUUACCAAGGAGAACACAGCCUUAAGGAGACUCUGAGGUCAGUGUCAGGGCCCAGCUAAGGAAACAGCAGACCUUGAGACAUGGGGUAAGGGUAUUUGAAUGGACAAAUCUGAGACCCUUGAACCCCACAUUCCUCUGAUCCCAGGAACUGUCCCUCCUCUUUCCUGGAGAAGGAAUGAUCUUCCCUGGCUGCAGACACUGCGAAGACACCACUAGAGGCAGGAGCUUCACAAGGUGGGGUUCGUCCUAAGAUCUGCCUCUACCUCCUUUGUUUCCUCCAGACCAGCCAUCAAGUCAGGCGCAGCCCAAGCAAGAUGAUCCAGCUCCUCCUUUCGGGAGAUACCGUGUGUACUCCAAGGGUCGAAAGUGUUGGUUAACAGGCACUAAAGGUGAACCAGAGACCUCAUGUUGGACUGGGUCUUAAGGAGCAGCCAAGGAAAGAUGCCUCCUUGUGUUUCAGUUUCUUCAACUGGCAAAUCUGAUUACGAGUGCCUGUCCAACCUACUUUAUAUACUUAUUAGAGUAAAUGAAGAAAUUAAUAUUAUAGUGAACUCUGCUAGGGACUGUACUAGGCACUUCACGUAAAUUAUUUAAUUAGGAUAAAAUUGGGCACGUGUAAACACUUAAUCUAGUUCUAAACUUGUUUAGAACACAAACACAACAUUGUAAUCAACUACACGCCAAUACUUUUUUUAAAAGAAGACUUAAAUGUGUUAUUUUUAAUAGCAUGCCCUAGGAAAAAUGCAGAUUUGUGAAACCUUGUUGCCUAAAAGGAAAGAAGAAAAGGAAGCCGGUGUUUCAAAAACUCAGACAUAUUAGAAUAUGGCAUUGAGUAAGCUGUUGUCUUGUUUGGGGGAAGGUGGACCAUCUGAAGAGGGCUUUAGGGACAGUUCUAGUCAUUGACCUUGGGAGAAGCAGGGUAGAAACAGUGCUGCUGCGGAAGCUGAGAGAGCAGUUCUGUGUCCAGUGGAGCACAGUGAACUCCUGGGUGGCACCUGUGGUGUCUUGGGUAACGCAUGGCCUCCCACCCAGACUGCCUCGGUUGGAAUCCCAGCUCUGGCGCUCAGCCCACUGGGGGAUAUUGGACAGGUAGUUACAAAACUCCAUUUUAUGGAGUUCCCUGGUGGCACAGCAGGUGAAGAAUUUGACCUUGGUAGUGCUGCAGCUCAGGUCACUGGUGUGGCAUGGGUUCCACCUCUGGCCUGGGAACUUCCGUAUGCCGGGGACACGGCCGAAAAAAAAAAAAAAAUCAAAACCAAAAAACCCUCUACUUGAGCUCUUUCAUCUGCAAUACAGUAGUAUCUAUUGCAUAGGAUGUUUGAAGAUAGAAUGGUUUAAUUUAGAAAAUGAAUGGUGACAAUUACUAUAGAAGCACCAGAAAGCCUGCUUGUUCUGGUGGAAUCAUGCAUGUCCUACAUGGUGUCUAGAAUAAAGGAGAUUCUUAAGAUGGAUAUAAAUUGGAUAAAUGAAAUGCCCAGAUAUCAGGGGUAUACAUGAGACAGGAUAGCUGUGAGUUGGAAAUGGUUGAGGCUCAGUAGUAGGUACGUGGAGAUUUGUUAUACUAUUUUCUGUGCUGUUGUGUACCUUUGAAAUUUUCCUUACUAAAAACGCUUUUUUAAAAGAAUGUUGUAGCUCAGCGGGUUAACCCAGCUAGUAUCCAUGAGGAUGCAGGUUCAAUCCCUGGCCUCGUUCAGUGGGGGUUAAGGAUCUGGUGUUGCCUGAGCUGUGGUGUAGGUCACAGAUGUGGCUUGGAUCCUGUAUUGCUGUGGCUGUGGCCUAGGCCAGCAGCCGCAGCUCUGAUUGAGCCCUUAGCUUGGGAACCUCCAUAUGCCUCAGGUGCAGCCCUAGAAAAGAAAAAAAAAAAAAGAGUUCAUUGAGGACUAACUGAAUGGCUGAAUGAGGGAAGAAAUAGGUAUUUGACAGAACAAAACACGGCCCAAGUUCAAGUUGCUCUCCCAGGAAAACUCAGGAAGUAACCUCCAGGUACAUAAACACACUCCGCACAGGCACGAGGUCGAAGCCUCCAGUGCACAGACAUUGUAAAGUUAAACAGUAGCUAAAAUAGCUCAGCUGCCAUGUGGAAUGAUUAGUUUACGCAGCCUCGAGACACAAACCUGAUGUGCAGCUCGUUUAUUUUUCAUACUUACAUAAAGCCGCAGCACCUGUGUUUGGGGAUGGAGCUCUCACGUGAGCAGUUAAUGAAGCGCAACUGGUAAGCAGAUGUUUCUAGAAACUCUGCUUUUGUUGAUUUCACACUGUACCCAGGUGCUGGCAGCCAAUCGAUUAAAAAAAAAAAAAAAAAAAAAAGCAAUUAGUGCCCUGAUAGUGGUAAGAGUUUUAGAGUCUGAAUGGUCUAACUCACGUCUAAUUUUCAUCCGGGUACCAAGUCUAAGACACAUCUGGGUCUGAAUCCUUUUUCCUGCUCAAAAGUUGUGUGGUUUGGGGCAAGUUUCUUAACCUGUCUGGGCCUCACUUUCCUCGUUUGUAAAGGAGAGAUAAUACCAGUCUCCCAUGAACUGGUGAAUAUUUAAAACUGGCUCUCGGCAUUGGGGAAAUAACAAUUAAAAAAAUAAAAUAAAAUUGGCUCUCGGGGCAAAGAAAAAGAAAAAAAAUUCUGGUUUUAAUGUUUGCUGAUUUUCGUGGUGUAAUUACUCCCACCAUGGCCCGUUUCAAGCUGCCCAUGGGCUGUUCCUGGACACGGGGGCAGAGGGGGGACUCAGUAUUAUAAAGUGUUUCCCCCCUACAGUAGGUGGCGUGACCUCUAGGGCCUGGGAUAGUAAAACAGUGAAAAAAGUUUAGGAAGUGAGGAGUUUUAAGUAAUAAUUGCCUUUGGUUUUACUGUAUAUAUGUAUGUAUUAUUUAUAUAAUUUGAGUUUUAAUAAUGGCUGAAUGUAAGACCCAGCUCACCAAAUUCCUGAAAAUUUAACCACGUCCCUCAUGAGUUGCACAGCAGUUUCCAGCACAGCAGUUUCCAGCAUCGCAGCUCUUGGAUUUGCAGUCGACAAGAUUGAGGUGUUUUUGCAUGUUUUCUCCAUGGUAUCCACCCCCAUCCUAGGAGGUAUGGCCGGGCGCUCUGCCAGGUUGUUCUCCAGAGUGGUCAUCCCAGCUUACCUGCCUUCCCCCCAGCAGUGCCCACGGGCGUCCAUACCCCGUCGCAAAGUGCAGCCCUGCGGGAUGAGCAAAAUGAAGACGGGCCCUGGGGUGACAGGCAGCAUUUGAAGCGAAAGGGAGGCCUCUAUCCUGGAACACAGACGCAUCUUCUAAGCAUAAUGCUCAGUGAUAACACGUGAAAGCAGAAUGAGAUCUGUAACAAAUAUUAUUCGUUUAAACGCAUCCAAACCACAGAUUUUUUUCCUCAAGAACGCACGAAUUAAACAAACGCACAUCGGAUGUAUUUGAACAGUUGCCUAUGGGGGGUAGGGGUUUGUUCUGUCUGCAGUAUCUAUCCAGCACCACAUGGGAGCGUGUAUGUACCUGCAUCCAACAUGGUGUUUGCUGCUUGGUCUCCCCCGCCACCCUGGCCAGCAAAAGCUAUGCCGCUUAUAUGAAUCAUGUUCAAGGUUGUAUUCUUACUGCCUUUGAUGAGCUGUGCAAGAUUGCUCUUUUUUUAGGGCCGCACCCACGGCAUAUGGAGGUUCCCAGGCUAGGGGUCAAAUCAGAGCGACAGCUGCCAGCCUACACCACAGCCACAGCAACACAGAUUCCAAGCCCCGGCUGGGACCUACGACCUACACCACAGCUCACAGCAAUGCCAGAUCCUUAACCCACUGAGUGAGGCCAAGGAUCGAACCCUCAACCUCAUGGUUCCUAGUCGGUGGUUUCCGCUGUGCCACAACAGGAACUCCGAGAUUGCAUAUUGAAAUAAUUUUUUUUCAUAAAAAAAUAACGUAGAUCCUGUUUUUACUGUAUUUCCACACUUAAGCACUCUUUUUUUUGUUUGUUUGUUUGGUUGGGAUUUUUUUGGCCGCACGUGUGGCAUGUGGGAGUUCCCAAACCAGGGAUCAAACCCACACCACAGCAGCGACCCAAGCUGCUACAGUGACAAUGCCAGAUCCUUUAACCUGCUGCUCUACAGGAGAACUCCAAACAGUAUUUUCAAUAUAGGAGUCUCCGAGAGCAAUCAUCAAAGCCUAACACCAUCACGGCCCUUUUGUCAGUAUGUGGCCAGUAUUCACUGUAACAAUUGCCAAGCAACAAGCAAUUUCAGCUGUCUUAUUUGUGUUAUCCCACUUCAUCUUCACAGCAAAGAUUUGAAGCUUAGAGUAGCCCCAUGUUUUGCCCAAGAUGAGAGAACUAGCAAGGACAAGGCCGCUGCUGUCUAGCAAACACGGAGUGACCGGGUCCCUUGCCAGGGAGAAAGAGGGAGUCCAGUACCGACUUGGCUGGUAAGGGGGAGGAGACCCUGGGAUGCAUGUCUGCGUCUUGAUUACCCUUUCCUGCGUUCUUUGUUCCAACGCAGAGCGCAAAUACGACAGUGAUUAACAAACCAAUGUGAACUUGAUAUUAAGAAAAAGGUAAGGCUGGUGAGGACUUGGAAGAUUAAAAAAAAAAAACACCCUUGCCUUUAUUCACGUGAUUGAAAUAACAAGGCUUCGAAAAUUCACGUUUUCUAAUCUGCCCAAGGUCACACAGGAAAUUGUCCACAGAGCCAGGACAGGAAGCCUGAUUUCCGAGCUCUCAGACCAGGUGUCUUAGGAGGAGGACAAAUCCUAGAGACCUCACGGUGGUUACGCUAAAGCUCAGACCAGCCGCCGGACAGUCCCCAGCCUCUGUGUCCUCUGUCCUCACAGUGGUGGCACCUCCUCUGUGCUCCCAUGACUCAGCGGCUGUUGGCAGGAUCAUCCAUCCCCUGUGUGUCCUUCCACGAGAGGCGCUUCUGGGGGCCAGGCACUGCUCUAGGCACAGAGAUGCGCUGGUGAGUGUGUCACAGUCCUUGCACUGGGGACUUUACCUUCUCGUAAAUGUAUAUUCAAGAAGCCAAGUGAAUGAACAGGCAAUCAACCGAGGAGCACUGUAAAAAAAUUACGAGGUUGGAGUAAGGACAUAGUGAGUGAUGAGAAGGUUAAGGAAGUCAGAUAUGGGGCAUGAGCAGAGACCAAGGUGAAAUGAGAGCACAAGCCAUUCCGAGGUCUGGAGAAAUGGAGUUCCCGCUGUGGCUCAGCAGUAAUGAACCCGACUCGUAUCCAGGAGGUCAUGGGUUCACUCGGUGGGUUAAGGAUCUGGCAUUGCUGUGGCUGUGGUGUAGGCCAGCAGCUGCAGCUCUGAUUGGACCCCUAGCCUGGGAACUUUCAUAUGCUGCAGGUGCAGCCCUAAAACGACAAAAAAAAAAGAAAAAAAAAAAAAAAAAAAACAAAAAACACCUCUGGAGGAAGAACAUUCUAAGGAGAGAGACUGCCCAAAAAAAGCUCCAAGAUAGUGGUAAGCGUGGUCUGUUCCGACUCCAACAAAACUGCCAGUGACCAUGUCCCUGGUCCUGACCAAGGAGACUUGAGGACACAUUUGCUGAAGCGUAUCUGGAGACAGCUGCCUGUGAAUUAAAGAGCCCUCUUUCCCACCCACUGUCUGUCUUUUCUUCCUGUCUUGACACAGUUAGGGGAGGACACCGUGGCCAGAGCUGUGAAAAGCCGUUUUGCAAACAUGAGGCAAGAAGCAACUUCACUCUCCAUCAAACAGAACCAAAGAUUGGAGUCAGGAGCGGGAGAUUCUGAGAGCUCACUCCUAAACCGAGCACAGAGAGGUUGAGUAGCUUGCCAGACAUCACACAGCUCAUAUGGUGUAGAGUUAGGGACUUGAGCCCUGGUAUUUUACCUCCAAAUAGCUGCUUUUAUUUUUUGCACUGCCUCCUUUCCUUACCCACGGCCCUCUUCUCCAGCCAUGUGUGCUCCCUUUUAUUUAGUUCAUUCUGGGUAGGAAAGCUCAGUUCUCCCAGUCACCACAUGGUGUUGAGGACAGAACUUGGCUUUUGAAAUCAGACAGACGUGGUUGGAAUUGCCCAGUGUUCAACUGCAGAAUCCUUGCGAGGGUUGAGAAAAUGAAGCUGGCCUGAGCUUCCAGAACCAGUACCAAAGCCACACUGCUGACCCGAACUGCCAGGAGAGCUGCUGGCUGCAGCUCAGUGCCACUGUCCUGGUCUAGGGGGCAGCCAGCAUAAUCGGGAAGCAGCCACUGCCGCUCCAGCCUGUCAACGUGUCUGCCCCAAUCCACGCCACAGAAUGGGAGCCCGACUCCUUAUCUCAUCCGGGGCCUGUUUGCUCUUUCCACCACAUCACCGGUGUUCUGCAGCAUCAGUGCCAUUGUCUUCUUGUUGCUGUUAGCCCUCUCACCUCCCUAGUGCCAGAAAUACAUCUCCCGGAGCAUGUCCCCUGUCGCUGGUUCCCACCCACCCCAGCUCACCACAGUGACAGUUUUCCCAGAUUCUCCCUCCGCCAUUCCUGCCAUCCUUGCUUCUAGACAGGUGUGUCCCCUGGAAACACUCCCUGACAAACUUUCAACACACAACCCUCUGCCUCAGCGCCUGUUCACAGCGAUCUCAGUCCAAAGCAUUUGGUACUGGAAGUGGUCCUGGGAAACCGACCCUGAAAUGGAAGUUUAAUGACUCAGCCUUAAAAAAGGAUGAAAUAGUGCCGUUUGCAGCAACAUGGAUGGACCUAGAGAAGAUCAUACGGAGUGAGGCUCGGACCUCCGAAGGCAGAUCUCUGAACCUCACGGUAGGGUUCUUUAGCAGCCAGAAGAUGAAGAAUGCGUGACUCUGACCCUCCCAACACGCCAGGGUGGGAUCGCUCUUCGCCCCAUUUUCCAGGAUGUUCAUUUACCCUCCCCAAAGCCAUGGACUGGGAUGAAAACUGCUCCCAACUCCUUCCAGCCCUGACACGGGACGAUGACGCUGAAGUUUAUCUAGGAAGAGGCACAAAUCGGACAGCCGACCCUAAUAAAUCAUGGAGUAGGAACAGGUGACAAGCACACACUUGUACCCAUGUGACUUCACUUCUGCCAGCUCCCUCCAGCGCAGGACAAAUGGGCCGCCCCGGAUCCUUAACCCAUUGAGCGAGGCCAGGGAUCAAACCCACAUCCUCAUGGAUCCUAGUCAGGUUUGUUAACUGCUGAGCCACGAAGGGAAUUCCCAGUUUUGCUUUUUUUUUUGAAACACAGUCAUGCAUGCGGACGCAAUUCUGCACUAUCUAUGGCUGCAUUGUACUGCAGAGACAAAAGUUGGAAAGACCAUAUGGACACAAAGCUGAAGGUAUUUUCUAGUGCGUUACGGAAUAAGUUUUGGACUUCUGUGCAGCAUUCCAUUGUGUGAAUGUACUAAAACCUAAUUCUUCAUUUUAACGUUAAGGCGCAUUUGUGGAGUCGCCAAGUUGGGGCUGUUAGUAAUCUGCUAUGAACAUCUCACGUAUGUCUUUUAGUGAAAAACGCGUGUGCAUUUCCAUUGAGUCUAUUCCUGGGAGUGAAUUUGUUAAAUCACAGGGUAGACGUUAAGUUUAACCUUCUCAAAACCAUCCACCAGUCAUCCAAAGCGGUUGUGCCAUUAUUUCUCCCACAAGCAGUGUCUGAGGGUUUUGGUUGCUCUGUAUCCUCCUGCACUUGUAUUUUCUGUUUUUAUCAUUUUGGCCAUUUUCUUUGCUCCCCUUUUGGUGCUUCUUUUCUCUCUAGAAGUUACUUCUCAGCAUCAGGGGGUGACUGUUUCAUCUUUGAAUACUUUGUUUCCUUAAGAAACUCUUCAUAUUGUUGCCUUUUGGACUUUUAAAGAUCAGCAUGUGGAGUUCCCUGGUGAUCUAGUGGUUAAGGGCUAGGCGUUGUCACUGCUGUGCAUUAAAUAAAAAAUUUAACAUGCACGCCCCCACUUAAUGCUCUCUUCUCCAGAGAAAGAGAACUAAACAUUUCCAGCUUACUUUGUUGUUGUCGUUGUUGCAUUUUAGGGCAGCACGUGUGGCACAUGGAAGUUCCCAGGCUAGGGGUCGAAUCAGAGCUGCAGUUGCCAGCCUGUGCCACAUCCACAACACCAGAUCCGAGCCGCUUCUGUGACCUACAUCUCAGGUCACAGAUCCACAAAGCUGGAUCCUUAACCCACUGAGUGAGGCCGGGGAUUGAACCGGGGAUUGCAUCGUCAUGGAUACUAGUUGGGUUUGUUACUGCUGCGCCACAGUGGGGACCUCCCAGCUUCUUUAAAGUGGAUCAGAAAACACGGAUUUACAUGCCUUCACCAUCCUGGUUGCCUGGUUAACAACAGGCUUAGCAUGUCUGGGCCUCAGUUUCCCCAUCUGUAAAAUAAAGAGGUUUGAUUUCAUGAUCUUUAAGGUCAUUUUAAUACCAACGUUCUGUGUUAAACUCGGGAACCCCUGCAAAGAUGUCCACAUACAUUUCUAAGCAGGGGACGUCCCCCUCCCCUAAAUGUUCCUGUCACGUUUAUCUGCUGACGGUAGAAAAUGGAGACAUUUAUUUAUUCAAUUUCUCUUCCUCCAACAAAUAGUUUCUGAGUGCCACGAUGUUCCAGGUAAGACCCAUCAAGGGUCUCCUGUUCUAUUCCCAGCUCUGGCAGGAAGCAGGCAGGGAGAGUGGACUGGGUGCCUGGGGGACCCUGUAGCAUCCAUGGGAGCUUGUACCUGAGCCAAGCACAUUUUAAAAAGGCAAGAGUCAUGGGAAACGUCGCCCUGAUGAACCUCAUCUGGGGCGGGAGGGUGACGGAGGGGAGGGAGGCGUCGAGGCCGGGCCUAAGCCUGGUCCCUGGAGGAGGGUGAUGGGAUGGGGGAAUGCAGGUUUCGCCCUCAGCUUUCUCAGGUUUUAUUUCGUUCACAGGAUGCGACUCCCAGGCCAGACUGCUCAUUGCUUUCUCCUGGACCUAAGUCUGUCAGCAAAUCUGGUUGGCAGGCGCCUCUGCUACUUGAAUUUUGCAGAGACCAGCCUCAUUGAACUCACCCAAACACUGUCAACAUGUGAAGGCAGGGUGGAGAGAAUGCAAAUACUAAUGAGGUUUGUGCGAUAUCAAAUUCCACAGAGUCUGGUAGGAACACUGCUUUGACUUCUCUUUAAAAGAAAGCCUAGCUAGGAGUUCCUACUGUGGCUCAACAGGAUUGAUGGCAUCUUGGGAGGGAGCACUGGGACACAGGUUUGAUCCCUGGGUGGGCACAGUGGGUUAAGGAUCUGUUGUUACCACAGCUGUGGUUUAGGUCGCAACCGCGGCUUGAUUCUGAUCCUUGGCCAGGGAACUCCAUAUUCCAAGGAGUGGCCACAAAAGGAAAGAAAAGAAAACCUAGCUCUUGUGUGUUAAUUCAUUUCAGCCUCUCAAUAUAAGCCCGUGCAGUAGAGAUUGUCACCUUUGUUUUAAUGAAUGGGGAAACUGAUGAGAAGCUGCAAGUUUUAGAACUUGCCCAGGGUACUAGUUUCUAAAGGUGGAGCCAGGGUUAUGGACUUAGGCUGCCAAGCUUUACGGGCACUGCUCUUUUAAAAAAUUUUUACUUAUUUAUAUUAUUUAGUCUUUUGACCUUUUAGGACCGCACCCAUGGCAUGUGGGGGUUCCCAGGCUAGGGGUCCAAUCGGAGCUGUAGCCGCCAGCCUACGCCAGAGCCACAGCAACGUGUGAUCCGAGCUGUGUCUGCGACCUACACCACAGCUCACGGCAACGCCGGAUCCUUAACCCACUGAGCAAGGCCAGGGAUUGAACCCCCAACCUCAUGGUUCCUAGUCGGAUGCGUUAACCACUGAGCUACGACCGGGACGCCUAUUUUUAUUUUUUAAGUUUUAUUGAAGUAUAGUUGAUUUACAAGGUUGUGAUAAUUUCUGCCGUACAACAAAGAGGUUCAGUUACACAUAUACACGCAUCCAGUCUUUUUCAGAUUCUUUCCCCACGUAGAUGAUCACAGAAUAUAGAGCCUAGUUCCCCGUGCUGGACAGUAGGUCCCCGAUGGGCAGUCAUGCCACGUGCCUCAGUGCAUGUGUCAAUACAGGCUUUGCUGUUAAUCAUGAUAUUUUUACAAGCAGAGUAACGGAGCUUCAUGUUUGCAAGAAAACCUUCACUUAUAGGUCAGAAUUGGAGGCCUGGCGGCUUGGCCAGCUCUGGUGUUGGAACAGGGAGCUGGAUGACAUCCCAGGGGAAGCUACCUAAUCUAACUCGCCCCCAGUUACUGAUGGGCCCAGGAAUCCAUGCCCCAGAGCCACAAAGCUCACCUGCCUUAAUCGCACUGUCAAUAACAGCGCUGCAAAAAAAUCACUCCGUGGGAGCCAGGGAAUCCCCAGAGGAUGAGCCAGAUGCCGUCGUCCCCAGGAGAAGGCAGGCCGGGAGAGUGGACAUUUACCACGGCGUGAGGGUUCACCUGCCCGAGGUCACACAGCUUCACUUCCACGUCCAUUGAAUUUUGGGUACAUGGUGUUUUGCCUCGGUUUACAAUUCACUUCAUUAUGUCUCAUUAGCAUUCCGUGUCAUUUACAGGGUCAUAGAGAAGCUGAAUCUAUCAGCCGUUCUCCUAGGACAUCUGGCUAAUCCAUUAACUUGCACCACCAGUUAUGAGCCCUCUUUCUACCUGGUUAUUUCGGAGAUCACGGUCUUGACUGGCCCUUCCUCAUUUUGGUACAGUUCCUUCACUUCUGGAAAUCUUUGACUUAUUCACAAUAAACUUACCUGCUCUUUUCAACUCAUAAUCAGAUAUACUGAACUUCAGUUAGGAAACAGAAUCCCAUAUAUGCCAAACUUACCUACUUACUGAAACAUCCUUUUUAAAAAUCCUUUCUUUGAAUUACACCUAGAUUUGUCAUUACACAUAUUAAUUUUCCUUUUUGAUCAUUAAAGACUCAUGGCUUUUCACAGACUCCCCUUGUUCUUUCAUUUAUUUAUUUAUUUAUUUAUUUAUUUAGUCUUUUUGCCUUUUCUAGGGCUGUCCCAUGGCAUAUGGAGGUUCCCGGGCCAGGGGUCGAAUCGGAGCUGUAGCCGCCAGCCUACGCCAGAGCCACAGCAACACGGGAUCCGAGCCACGUCUGAGACCUACGCCAUAGCUCACAGCAACGCCAGAUCCUCAACUCACUGAGCAAGGCCAGGGAUCGAACCCGAAACCUCACGGUUCCUAGUCGGAUUUGUUAACCACUGAGCCACGACGGGAACUCCACCCCUUGUUCUUUUAAAUCGCCAACCAUAGCCCUAGUUAUUUUUUGUGAUCUCCAAGUUGUUACAACCUGACCAGAGGGACCCCUUUCCUUUUCAGCCAACUCCCUUGUUCUUUUAGCAACAGCCAGGCAUUUUGGGUUGCAGCCUGGUUUUCUGGCCAUCGCAAGAUGUCUCAGGCCAUUCUGAUGUUCCCCCUGGUCCCAGACAUGGACCCAGCUUCUUUGAAUGAGCCCUGGAUACCGCUAAGGAAAAACGCUAUUGAGAUCAAUAUGUGGGAGCUGAGGAUACCAGCGUGCUGGUGAUGAGACGGCACUCCGCAGCCACUGAAAAGAACAAACUAGAAAAUAUGCCGCUUCCUAAGGUCAUAAUUAUGUUCUCAAAUUGCUCAAAUCAUUCUGAUAUUACAACACUGUUUUCUCUUAUGCCAUUUUAAAUGGAUUUUUCUCUACCAAGUGCCUAUUUAGAUUUUUAACACUUCGCUCAGACUAUGAUUAUCCCAACCUCUGAUUUCAUCAUUGCUGUGCGCCUCCAGGCCAUCAUUUUGAGGUCACGUGUAUGUAUCCUUUAUUAAAACCCGCUUUCAGUAAGCAUCUUGUAAAAUCAUGUUUUCGUGUAUAUGCGUAUUUGUCAUAUAGCUGUUAGACAUAAUUAUAACAUUAUUGACACAAAUAUAUUCAGUUAUGUAAAUGUAUUAUCCUAUCACCAAAUGCUAUUUCAUGUUGAUACAUUCAGUGGCACAAAUUCACUCAUGUGUGAGCCUUGAGAGGCUGACAGCCACCAGAGGGCCAGAGGGGAACUCGUCUCCUCUAGGAACAAUCCCUGAAGCAGGAUGCCAUUUAUUAUAUGAUUUUGAUCAAUUUAUGUUUAAUUCCACUAAUGUGCCUUCAUGAAAUGGAGGCAUUUUGGGAUAGUAGGCACAUGGAAAGAAGACAGAUGUUUGCUGACUGAAAGGUGCAAAUCACCCGGCAGAGCCGGGGUGGACGCAUCUCUCCCUUUGCAAGUCUGGUCCCAGAGAAAAGGACUAUCCCCUUGUGUCUGUACACCUGAGGCCAGGCCAGUUUUCAGGAAUAGCAGGUGCUCCGUGACUCUUCUUUGAAUAGAGAAGAAAGAAAAUGUCAUGAGAAUAAUGGAGAAAAUCACAGCUGUCCCAAUAAUUAACCCAGGACCAUCAUUCAUAAUCCACAAUUUCUUUUCCUUUAAAUUUUACUUUAUUAAUAUUCUGAGGCAACUAGGUUUUGAGACACAUUUUAAAUGGCUUCAUUUUCAAAAUUCGUCUUGGUCACAACAUCCAGGAGCAAUCCAUCUGCUAAUCAAUAUCUAACCUUUAAAUGCUGCUGUCAGAAAGGCGACCCAGCACAAAACCAAUGCCGUCAGCCACCCAGAAGAACUCGGAUUUCCUGACAGAAAUCGAUUCACAGCAAAAUAGUGGUUAUUGCAAAUAUUUAGCGUUCUACAAGGGGAAGCUCAUCAAUGCAACUUUUUGAGCAGCUCACUUCCAAGUGAGCUAUUCUGACGGGCUCCACCUAGCCAUCUAUCUUGUGAUGUAGGAUGUGGUGGGUGUAUGCUAAUAGCCCUGGGCUUGCCUUGGCAUUGGCCCUUUCAGGGGUGUGGUGGGGAGUGUGGGCACAUCCUGGCAGGCGAUGUGGUAAAGUGGGGAGGAUACUGGGCAUGGAGAGACCAGUUCCACACCUGGGUCUUCACUGGCUUGCUGAGUGAUCUCAGAAAGCCACAUAACCUCUCUAAACACCCUUUUUCACUGCUAGAAAAGAAUGCUAGUCAUAUCUGUCCAAUCUAACCCUUCAGUUGUUGUGAGGAUGAAAUGAAGGAGUGGGGAGAGGAGGUAUCUCUGAACAUAUAUUUAAAAGGCUGUAAAUCUGGGGGUCUUACAAUGACUCUUUGUCUCCUAAGAACUGGAUUAAGGAGCAAGACAGGAUUAAGGAACUUCUGAGAAAUUAGCAUCAUCCUAAAGCUCAAUAUUCAUGCACGUUUUACUGACUGGAAAACAAGUGCCAAUGGGAACGAGUGUGUUCCCUGAGGAACACUGCUGUGCAGCAGGAUUUGUGAGAAAAGGAGAAAAAAACCUGCCUGGCUCCUGUGCUCAAGAAGCUCAUGGUCUAGCCCCUGGGGAGGGGGUGAGCAGAGAAGUGCAAUGGGCACGGAGAAGUGUGGGUGGAGCCGAAGAAGGAAUUCUCCAGCUAAGCAGCAAUAGAGGGGAGGUUAUUCCAGGAGACUUACAAUAGGCAAAGAUUUACACUUUGGUAUUUUCCAAAUUUCUCACUUGAAGUUUUAUUUUUACUUAUUUUCCUUGUCUCUGUACUGCAUGCACCAUUUUAAGUUGACUGAUUUUUAAAAAUGUAAAUGAGUUUAAAAAGAAAACUUUAUACGAUUGCUACCAUAAAUGAAAAAAGUUGUCCUUUUUAUAAACAGAAGGCAACCUUAAACAUACACGCAACAAGAAGUCAUUAAUUUAUUCAACAAAUAACUGUCAGACUCAGUUCUAGUUUCUAGAGCCAAGAGGGUGACCAAGGCGAGAUGGAGAAAAAUUAUUGUAAUAGCACGGAGAAAACACAAAAUGACUCAGGAAGGUUCCUUCGGAUGGGGUGGUCCCGAGGGCCCGGGCGCUAGAAGAUGUCAUUUAAGCAGAGGUCUGAAGGAAGUGGUGCACUAACCACCUUAACACCGAGGAGGAAAACGAGGUCACUACGUCUCAACCACACACUGUCACCUGCAGAGAGAAGGCUGUGAGCCAGGUUCUGGGAGCUGAGCAAGGGUUAGGGAGGCGCGCUCACACCCCACCGAGACUUUCUGCAAGACCAUCAGGAGGACGGAGGCAGCCUGUCGCUGGGUGGAGGUGGUUCCAGAUAGUUUCUGUCUCUAAGACUAAAUCAACUCUUACAGGGGUGCUCCUCGAGGAAAGCAUCCCACUUGGGAAACACUGCAACCUCUGAGAAGGAGGCAGGCUGUGACUGCCCCGAUUGACAAAUUAGGUAACUAAGGCCAAGAAAAGUUAAAUCUCUGGGAACCGGGACACCGGCGUGGAACUCUCCUUCCACGUCCGGCCCAGUGGUUCGGUUGCAAGGAUCGGCCAGCAGGUAGAUGAUCCAGGCAGAACAGGGAAGACUCCCAAUCCCGCAAGCCCUUUUCCAGGCCUCCCGUUAGCCCAUUCCCAGGAGAGGCUCAAAACGCGGAGCGACGGAAUCCGCGGAGCAGGACACCGAGCGGGGGCCGCCGACCCGAGCAUGCGCAGUAGCCCGGCCCAGCCAGGCCGCGCUCGGCGCGGGGGGAGGGUCGUCCGAGGCUGACGUCCGCGACGCCGGCGUCAGCGCCCCGGGAGGAGGAGGGCGAAGACUCCAUCCGCCAUGUUGGAUGCCGCAGAUUCGCCAUAACCGCGCCGGCUCUUUUCUUAAAAAAAUAAAAAUAAAAAGCGAAGCCUCAGCGGGUCGCCCCGCCUUCUCGGUGGGCGCGGGAGGGGGCCCGGAAGAGCCCGAGGCUUUUUUUUCCUCCGCGGUGGGGGCGUUGCCAUGGAGACGCGGGCGGCAGCAUGUGACCUGAGCCACAGCAGUGAUGAUGCUGGAUCCUUAACCCACUGUGCCACCAGGGAACUCCAGGAAAACCCGGCCAUCUUCAUGUGUAAAUGUUGUAACCUCUUCUCACCGAGUCAGGCAGAACUGCUCUCCCACGUUUCCGAGAAGCACGCCGAGGAAGGGGUUAACGUGGAUGAGAUCAUCAUUCCGCUCAGGCCUCUGAGUACCCCUGAGCCCACCAACCCAGGCAGAACCGGAGACGAGUUUUCGGUCAUGAAGAGGAAGAGAGGCAGGCCUAAGGGGUCCACGAAGAAGCCCAGCCCCGAAGAGGAGCUGGCGGAAAACAGCGUUCCCCCCAGUGAGGACAGUCGGCGGGCCCCCGAGGAAGGGAGCAGCCUGGCUCCGAGCCGCCUGGAGUGCAGCAAGUGCUGCCGGAGGUUCUCCAACUCGCGCCAGCUCCGGAAGCACGUCUGCAUCAUCGUGCUGAACCUGGGCGACGAGGAAGGAGAGGCAGGUAAUGAAUCUGAUCUUGAGCUGGAGAAGAAGUACAAGGACGAUGACCGAGAAAAGGCCCCGAAGAGACCAAGGACGCAGAGAGCGGAGAAGGUGCAGAAGGCGCCCUUGGGAAAGGAGGCCGCGCAGAUCUCUGGAGCCAAGAAACCCAUCAUAAGUGUGGUGCUAACAGCCCACGAAGCCAUUCCAGGUGCUACCAAGAUCGUUCCAGUGGAGGCCGGGCCCCCGGAAACCGGAGCUGCAGACCCCGAGGCCACAGCGGCUGACCUGGCGCCCCGGAGAGGGUACCAGGAGUAUGCUAUCCAGCAGACGCCCUACGAGCAGCCUAUGAAGUCGAGCAGGCUCGGGCCCACCCAACUCAAGAUCUUCACCUGUGAGUACUGCAACAAGGUCUUCAAGUUCAAGCACUCCCUGCAGGCCCACCUGCGGAUCCACACCAACGAGAAGCCCUACAAGUGCCCUCAGUGCAGCUACGCCAGCGCCAUCAAGGCCAACCUCAACGUGCACCUGCGCAAGCACACGGGCGAGAAGUUCGCCUGCGACUGCUGCUCCUUCACCUGCCUGAGCAAGGGCCACCUCAAGGUGCACGUGGAGCGGGUGCACAAGAAGAUCAAGCAGCACUGCCGCUUCUGCAAGAAGAAGUACUCGGACGUCAAGAACCUCAUCAGGCACAUCCGGGACGCGCACGACCCGCAGGACAAGAAGGUCCAGGAGGCCUUGGACGAGCUCUGCCUGAUGACCAGGGAGGGCAAGCGGCAGCUGCUCUACGACUGCCACAUCUGCGAGCGCAAGUUCAAGAACGAGCUGGACCGAGACCGCCACAUGCUGGUCCACGGCGACAAGUGGCCUUUCGCCUGCGAACUCUGCGGCCACGGGGCCACCAAGUACCAGGCGCUGGAGCUGCACGUCCGGAAGCACCCGUUCGUGUACGUCUGCGCACUCUGCCUCAAGAAGUUCGUCAGCUCCAUCCGGCUGCGCGCGCACAUCAAGGAGGUGCACGGCGCUGCCCAGGAGAGCUCGGUCUUCACCAGCUCCAUCAACCAGAGCUUCUGCCUCCUGGAGCCCGGCGGGGACAUCCAGCAGGAGGCCCUGGGGGGGCAGCUGCAGCUGGCGGAGGAGGAGUUUGUGUUCCAGGGGGUCAACGCACCCAAGGAGGCGGCCCGCCCUGGGGACCUGAGGCCCGAGCAGGGGCGGGAGCAGCCCGAGGCCCCCGCAGAAGGGCCCGCCCCACCCGUGUGCUCGGCCACCGCCCAGGCCGCCGCCGCUGCCGCGUCACCCUGCGAACUGGCGGCCUCUGAGGCGUCCUCGGACCUUGGUCUGCACGCGGGGGUUUCGGAAGAGUUCUUGUUGCAGAACGACGCCGCCGCCUCUGCUGAGGCCGCGGCUGCUCCCGAGAAGACCGUGGACGCCCAGCAGGGAGGCCCCGCCCCGCCCCCACCCCCGUCCCCUGGAGCGGACCGCCCGCCACUGCCGUCCACGGCCAAAGGCAUGGGGGCAAACCUGGAGGCCCAGGGCGCUGAGAGCCCCCCGGCCGAAGGGCAGAAAGUGGCCGUCCUCCCGUCCGAUGGCCCAGAUCCCGGCAGCAGUCUCAGGUCAAACCCAGCUGCGGCCUCAGACCCCCCUCCGGGAGCAGAUGAGAAGCACACGGCCCUGUGCCAGCCUGACUCUUGCUCGCCCGCCCCCGAGCACCGGGCUGGCAUCACCGCGUUCAUGAAGGUCCUGGACAGUUUACAGAAGAGGCGGAUGAACACUGGCCUGUGCGAGAGGAUCCGGAAGGUGUACGGGGACCUGGAGUGUGAAUACUGCGGCAAACUUUUUUGGUACCAAGUGCAUUUUGACAUGCAUGUCCGCACCCACACCCGGGAACAUCUGUAUUAUUGCUCCCAGUGUCAUUAUUCUUCCAUCACCAAAAACUGCCUUAAACGCCAUGUAAUUCAGAAACACAGUAACAUCUUGCUGAAGUGCCCCACUGACGGCUGUGACUACUCGACUCCAGAUAAAUAUAAGCUGCAGGCACAUCUUAAAGUUCACACAGAGCUGGACAAAAGGAGUUACUCUUGUCCUGUGUGUGAAAAGUCUUUUUCAGAAGACCGAUUGAUAAAGUCACAUAUCAAGACCAACCAUCCCGAGGUUUCCAUGAGCACCAUCUCCGAGGUUCUCGGGAGGAGGGUCCAGCUGAAAGGGCUGAUUGGAAAGCGAGCCAUGAAGUGCCCGUAUUGCGAUUUCUAUUUCAUGAAGAAUGGCUCAGACCUGCAGCGGCACAUCUGGGCUCAUGAAGGCGUGAAGCCCUUCAAGUGCUCUCUGUGCGAGUACGCCACACGGAGCAAGAGUAACCUCAAGGCUCACAUGAAUCGUCACAGCACUGAGAAAACCCACCUAUGUGACAUGUGUGGCAAGAAGUUCAAAUCGAAAGGGACGUUGAAAAGUCACAAGCUCCUUCACACCGCUGACGGGAAGCAGUUUAAGUGCACGGUGUGUGACUACACGGCGGCCCAGAAGCCUCAGCUGCUGCGGCACAUGGAGCAGCACGCCUCCUUCAAGCCUUUCCGCUGUGCCCACUGCCAUUACUCCUGCAACAUCUCGGGCUCCCUGAAGCGGCACUACAACAGGAAGCACCCCAACGAGGAGUACGCCAACGUGGGCACCGGGGAGCUGGCGGCCGACGCGCUCAUCCAGCAAGGUGGUUUGAAGUGUCCUGUGUGCAGCUUCGUUUAUGGCACCAAAUGGGAGUUCAACAGGCACUUGAAGAACAAGCAUGGCCUGAAGCUGGUGGAGAACGAGGGAGAGCCCAAGUGGGAGCCAGCCACAGAGGCGGCCGAGGAACCCUCCACCCAGUACGUGCACAUCACGGAAGCUGAAGAGGACGUUCAGGGCACGCAGGCAGCCGUGGCCGCGCUCCAGAACCUGAGAUACAACUCAGAGAGCGGUGACCGACUGGACCCCACGGCGGUAAACAUCCUCCAGCAGAUCAUCGAGCUGGGCACUGAGACCCACGAUGCCACGGCUGUCGCCUCGGUGGUUGCCAUGGCGCCAGGGACGGUGACUGUCGUGAAGCAGGUCACCGACGAGGAGCCCAGCUCCAACCACACGGUCAUGAUCCAGGAGACCCUCCAGCAGGCCUCCGUGGAGCUGGCCGAGCAGCAUCACCUGGUGGUGUCCUCCGACGAUGUGGAGGGCAUUGAGACGGUGACGGUCUACACGCAGGGCGGGGAGGCCUCGGAGUUCAUCGUCUACGUGCAGGAGGCCAUGCAGCCCGUGGAGGAGCCGGCUGUGGGGCAGCCGGCCCAGGAGCUCUAGGGCACACGUCAGACAAAGCCACGGGCAGGGCUGGCCAGGCUGGGUAGACGCCGCGGGCACCAGGACUGGGAGCCCCCAGCAGUGCCCCCCGUCCCCGGGUGCUCUCCUCUGUACUCCCUGCCCCGGCCGCCAGGUGGGGCGCUCCUGGUCCUGCUCUGGGUGGCCAUGGCGAUGGGCAUCACCAGCAGUACAGGAGCCCCGCCCCCAGCACAGACACCACCCUCCCCCCCAGUCGUCUGCUUCCGGAAAGACACUUGCAUCAGCUCCCCAAACAUGGCCCAUACCGCGUAGCCCCUUUGCUUUGAGACUCCAGCAGAGACCCCCAGCCCUCAUCAGCAUCUUCCCUGGAUCAGUCUCGGAGGUGGAGCCGAAUCUUUAUGUGGGACUGCUCCGCAGCCUGGUGACGGGAGACAGCCAUCGCAGAGAACUCGACCUCCUGGUUUUGAGUCCCCUAGGAGAGAACAGAGGGGAGGGGUGUAUCUACAAAGUUCUGCCCUCCUCAUGCAUCAAGGGCGCUUGUUAUCCUGUGAAGUAACCACGAUUUGAUGCCCCUCCCACGCUCAUCCCUGGUGGGGUCUCCGCUUACUCUCUUGGAAUCCUUCUGCUUUUUAAAUAAAUGCACUUUUUGCUGUUCACCUCCCACUCCAAGGAGGCGAGGUGGAUAGAAUAGAA